AUGAAUGAUAAACUUCAAAAAGAGCACAGAGAUAAAGACACCACUUCCCAAUUUAAUGAUUUUACGCCGCCGCAUAUGAGUAUAGACUUCCAUUCAAAUAACAAUAGCAAUAUCAUCGAGACUAUUGGUGUUUCCAAAAGACUUGGCAACUCCGUACUAAGCGAACUAGAUUCUAGAGCUACUUCGAAGUUUGAAUUCCUAAAAGACCAAUCCCAGCAACAACAUAACGGUAAUAAGAGCGGCGAACAGAAAUUGGACUCGUAUAAUAUCAAUGAGUUUUUCCAAGCAAAGCAUGAUUCUCAAUUUGGUCAGAUGGAGUCGUUAGACACGCAUUAUACGCUCUUGCAUACACCUAAGAGGAAAUCUCAGAAUGCAAUUCCACAGGACCGGCCCGAAUCGAUGAAAAGGUCAAGGCCUUCACGUUCGAUUCCAUACACUACCCCAGUGGUCAAUGAUAUCACAAGAAGAAUACGAAGGUUGAAGCUGCGCAACUCGUUGGUCAAUGGUAAUGACAUUGUAGCCAGAGCAAGAUCUAUGCAAGCGAAGUCUAAUGUUAAUUCGAUAAAGAACACGCCAUUGUCAAAACCCAAACCGUUCAUACCCAAGCCAAACUUUCUAAUGCCCACGACAAAUUCUUUAAACAAGAUCAACUCUACUCAUCGUAAUGCAUCGUCCUCUUCUUCUUCCUCCUCCUCAUCAGCUCCAUCGAUCCCAAAAUCUAAAGUACCCAGAUCUUCAUCAAUAAGAGAUUUACACACCAGAAGCAAACCACCAGAACGCACACCGGUUGCGCAAGGAACAAGUUCUCAAUUGAAGAAUUCAAUUUCCGUCUUUGAUAGACUUUACAAGCAAACAACGUUCUCUAGGUCGACAUCUAUGAAAAAUUUAUCAUCAGAAACUCAGACAAAAUCCAAAGAAAACAUCAAUUCAAAGACUCGACUGGUAAAGAGUAAGACAAGCGGCUCAUUGUCCAGUCAUCUCAAGCAGAAUGCGGCUACUAGCUCAAAGAAUGAAAGGCCCAUUUGGCGAUGA